AUGGAUAAAGGAAAUCAUUCUGUCAUAAAUGGGUUUGUUCUUCAAGGACUUAUAGAUAAUCCAAAAUUGCAGCUUCCUCUUUUUAUGAUCUUCCUGUUAGUUUAUGUCAUGACUAUAAUAGGAAAUCUUGGAAUGAUUGUGUUAAUCUGUGCUGAACCCAAACUUCACAACCCUAUGUAUUUUUUCUUGGGCAAUCUUUCCUUUGUUGACCUCUGCUGUUCCUCAUCCAUUGCUCCUAAAAUGCUAUCUGGCUUCCUAGCAGAAAAUAACACAAUUUCAUACCAUGCCUGUGUUAUACAACUAUUUUUAUUUGCCAUGCUUGGAGAUGUAGAAUGCCUUCUGUUGGCUCUCAUGGCUUAUGACCGGUAUGUGGCCAUCUGCAGUCCACUUCAUUAUUCAGUCAUAAUGUCCAAGAAGGUCUGCAGACAGUUAAUGGCUACAGCAUACUUUAUAGGCAUGGUGGAUUCACUGAUUCACACUUGCUGUACUUUCCAGCUGCCAUUCUGUAGAUCAAAUGUCAUCAACCAUUUCUUCUGUGAUGAACCUCCCCUCCUAAUACUUUCCUGCUCUGACACUUCCAUCAAUGAAAUUCUAAUUUUUACCUUGGUUGGCAGCAUUAUAGCAUGCAGCAUUGGUAUGGUUCUCGUUUCCUACAUUUACAUUUUUGGUACCAUCAUGAGAAUGCAUUCUGCUGACGGAAGGGGCAAAGCCUUUUCCACCUGCAUCUCUCACCUGCUUGCUGUUGGGAUAUUCCAUGGCACCUUGCUCUUCAUGUAUCUUCGGCCCAGCUCCAGCUAUUCCAUGGACCAAGACAAAUGGGCUUCCAUGUUCUAUACAGUCAUAAUUCCUAUGCUCAACCCUUUGAUCUAUAGUGUGAGGAACAAGGCUGUAAAAGAUGCUCUGACAAAAGCACUGGGCAAACUAGGGCUUUUGAAAGGGAGCACUAUUGCUUCACAGUAG